AACUGACCAAUCAGACAUCACUUCUUACUUGCAAGGCGGUGUGAAGGAAACAAGCCAUCGAAUGAGUGCGCUGUGUGGUUAGUUGACGGUGACGUCAGAGGCCUAUUGGUGAGAGCUUCCUGCAUUUGUCUAAGUGAGCGGUACCGGAACGAUUAAGAAUGACUUCAGGUGCUUUGUUUCCGAGCCUGGUUCCAGGAUCCAGGGGGUCCUCUAGCAAAUACCUUGUGGAGUUUAGAGCUGGAAAAAUGUCCCUGAAGGGCAGCACUGUGACUCCAGACAAGAGGAAAGGGCUUGUUUACAUUCAGCAAACUGACGACUCCCUUAUUCACUUCUGCUGGAAGGACAGGACUUCUGGUACAGUCGAGGAUGAUUUGAUCAUAUUCCCGGAUGACUGUGAAUUUAAGCGAGUGGCGCAAUGCACUACAGGAAGAGUGUUUGUGCUAAAAUUCAAGGCCGGUUCAAAGAGGUUAUUCUUCUGGAUGCAGGAGCCCAAGAGUGAUAAAGAUGAAGAAUAUUGCCGCAAAGUUAACGAGUAUCUGAACAACCCACCGAUGCCAGGUGCACUGGGAGGCAGUGGUAGUGGAGGCCAUGAGCUUUCUGCCUUGGGAGGCGAAGGAGGACUUCAGAGCCUGCUGGGAAACAUGAGCCACAACCAGCUGAUGCAGCUUAUUGGACCAACUGGCCUUGGAGGACUUGGUGGCCUAGGAGCUCUGACUGGACCUGGACUGGCUAGUCUGCUUAGUAGUGGUGGUCCCACAACUAGCAGUUCCUCCUCCAGUUCCCGCAGUCAGUCUGCAGCAGUGACUCCAUCAUCCACAACAACAUCAUCAACACGAACAACCGCUGCUGCACCUGUUGCUCCAGCAGCGGCUCCUGUUACGACUCCUAGCCCUGCAGUUAGUUCUGGCAAUGGAGCUAGUGCAGCAGCUAGUCCGACUCAGCCCAUACAGCUCAGUGAUCUGCAGAACAUACUGGCCACAAUGAAUGUGCCAGUUACAGGGGAAGGAGGACAGCAAGUGGAUCUGGCUAGUGUCCUCACACCAGAAAUCAUGGCUCCCAUCCUGGCUAAUGCAGAAGUCCAGGAGCGUCUGAUGCCAUAUCUACCUUCUGGUGAAUCUCUCCCUCAGACAGCAGAAGAGAUCCAGAACACACUCACCUCCCCACAGUUUCAACAGGCGCUUAGUAUGUUCAGUGCAGCACUAGCCUCAGGACAGCUGGGACCACUGAUGAGCCAGUUUGGAUUGCCGGCAGAAGCAGUGGAUGCUGCCAACAAAGGGGAUAUAGAAGCGUUUGCCAAAGCUAUGCAGAGCACUUCUUCACAAAAGGAACGAGACUCCAAAGAAAAGAAGGAAGAGGAGGAAGAUAUGAGUUUAGAUUAAGUCAUUCUUAUUGCAGCCAUUGUCAACAGGUGUAACUGCAUUUUUGCGCCACAUGUAUGUUAAUUCUUAGUGUUGAAUAAAUGUUGCGCUUACCUGUA